AUGAAUGCAUUGAAAGAAACAAUACUUCGACUAACUAAGUCAGUACCUGAACAUGUCCUACGACCUAGUAUUUAUACUCCACGACCGAGUAGCUCUACUGCCACGGGCAACGUACCCACCAACAUGUCUUCAAAUACGAUUACAUUCACUAAUGAUCCACCUUCGAUCCCAUACCCCAUUACCUAUAGACGCAUACCGUACCAACAACUAUUUCGAGAAUUCCUAGAACCUUUAGAUAUGCCCAACUUGAAAACUUUCAAUACCAGCCAACAAGCUACCCCAUACCAGCUGAAUGCAGAAUCAGAGAAUGACACCAAGUACAAUGUUGAAGAAGCUAGACGUAAUUGGGCUAAACGCAAAUCAACCAAAGUUCAAGAUCAAUUACAAGUGUAUUUCGAAAAUCGACAAAUCUUUCACAAGAUGCUUCAAUACUUGAUUGAGAUUACUCCACCACAUUUGAAAAAUAUUCAAAGUGAAACCUAUAAACAUCACAUCUUAGCUCAAGAAUCAACUGAUCAUCAGCUAUAUCAUCCGUCUACUCGAUAUUGCAUUAACUAUGGACCAUUACCUAAUUUACCACAGCCGUUGACGACACAUGUUUUUACAAAUUACAUUCACGACUUGGCUCAUAUCCAACAUCAAUGGCAAAAUGCAUCUAGUUUAUCAGGGAUAAUACCGCAAAUUCUUCUCGAUUCUCACAAAUUAAACAAUUUCGAAAUGGCACCCUACCGUUCUAUAACUUCGUACAAUCAUCUUAUGCACUAUUUCGGCGUUACCAAAAACCAAUCAUUCUUAGCCCGAGCCCUCAUCGUAUCCAUGAAUCGCGAUGGUCACAACAUAGACACUCAAACAAUCAACACCAUGAUAAAUAUAGUUCGCAAACAAUCUCGCAUACGAUCAAGAGCAAAUCUGUUGCAGCUAGUUUUAAAAUAUCUAUAUUUGGCCAAUGACGCUGGGGUUGAAAUCAAUUUAACUACUUGGUCAAGAAUUUAUGAUAUUAUAUCAUCACCAUAUUUAAAACAACAAUUUCUUGAGGAGAUGGAUCAUCAAAAAGUUCCUAUACCUGACGCAUUACAUAGAAAAAUGGUUAGAGAUCUAGAUUCCUGUAAAUAG